GUCAAAGCUGGAACCCGCGGGGCCCAUCAGGCUGGUACCAGAACGGGCCAGGCCCGACCCGGCCCAUUCCAAAAUGAACUGGCCCAGGCAGGCCACCCUCGACCAAGACAUAUAGGUUUCAUUUCCAGCUCUCUGCAAAACCCCCAAAUAUUGCAGAAACUGAGAACUCCAUAGUCGAUGUUUGGUGCUACAGCGAUGAAGAAUGCUUUGAAAUCGAUCGCGAACCCUUUCGUCAUCAGGGCAGUGUCUUCUCAGAACCGUCGCAUCGGCGCCGUGGCUGCAGCCGGACGACGCGAAUUGGACGGGCCAUCUUCGUCCUCGGCGGACGGAGGACCGGGCGUGCGGAAGGAGGAGGAGAAUGGGGAUGCUAACAUAUACGUUAAGGCUCCAGGCUUGAAUGUGCAACGGAAAACGACGUCGUCGGUGACUCUGCCGACGUCGGCAGCGACGGGUUCGAUUGCGGGGAAGAGAUUCUACGAACAGGUGAGCACGAGGGAGGCCGAGGACGGGAAUGGUUGGAGCGUGAUGCUUGACUACAGAACCCUGAGAACCCCUUCUAAGAGGCCUCUUAAGCUCCCCACUCUCGCUCUCGCCGAGGCCAUUGCCGCAGAGUGGGAGUACCAGCAAACAGAUGGGAUCAGGCCCUUCACAAUGCCGCUCAUGAAGCUUGCAUGCACUGCACUGGAAAGAGUUCCACUGACCCGGCCAAAGAUCAUUGAAAAUUUGAUGAGAAAGUUUCAUCAAGAUCUAGUCUUCUAUCGUGCUCCAGGGGAUAAUGAUCUAACAAGUGGUGUCCGUGAACGGCAAGAGGAGAAAAUUGAUCCUUUACUUGAUUGGGUGGAAUCAAAUUUUGGUGUUAAGCCUGCUGUGUACUCAAGUUUUUUUGGUGGGAAGCAGGAGGAUAGUCUCAUGAAUGCCAUAGAAAGCCUUCUAAAGAACACCAAUGACUCUGAAUUGGCAGCAAUUGAUGCAAUAGCUGCGGCUGCACGCUCCUUGGUUAUUGCUGUUGGAAUCUUUCGUGGAAAAUUGCAGAUUGAGGAAGCGAUUGAGUUGAUUAGACUUGAAGAAGAUCUGCAGGUUGAAAAGUGGGGCUUGGUUGAAGGUGGUCAUGAUGUCGAUAUUGCUGAUCUCAAGGUACAAAUCUCAUCUGCUGCUGUAUUCCUCGGGCUUUCAAGGAAGUUAUGAUGCAGGGUAUGGUCUGGUCUCUUUUAAAGCGUUAUAGUGAGCUAGCAUAUUGACUUAGUUUUGAUUUCCAGCUGUUGUAGAUUUUUACUCGGUUGCAUUUGAUGCUGGAUGUUUUAAGUGUGCUUCUUGUGGGAACAAGAUGAGAUUAAUUAAAUAAUCAACCUUGAAAUUUCUGUGCAGCAAUGCUGCUCA